UAUGAAUUGCGUGAAAAUAAAUCUAUGAUUUAUAAAUUCAGUGUUUUGUGAGUUUGUCAUACCUUAUUCAGCCAAAUUUUUCGGAGUCAACCAAGGAUGGACAGCCGUACUGCAUCCAACGCUAGCCUUCCAUUCAAAACACCACCAAAAUCGACAGUCAGCUGGAACCAUUUCCCUCACAGUUGCUCCGUGGAAAACCAGACAAAGCAGUCAGACCAUUCAUCUCCACGGCUUCGACCGUUCGAUUCUGGCGAUAGCAAGCAUUUCACUAGAAACGACCAGCUGUCUCGUGUAGUUUGCACUACCAGCAAAAAACGGGUCCUGUUCCGUCGUCGUAGGCCAGCUGACGAUGAGAUUUCACCCUACAGAAAAGCUUCGGCGGGAGGACUGAAACCCUGUAGCGUUUUUACACCACUCCAUAAGUUAAGAACUCUCCAGUUAUCUAAUUCUGGUACCGACUCAGACUGGCGCAGUUUUUUUCGGAACUCAUUUGAAGUCAAUCAAAGUUUUCCUCGGUUACCAAAUACUCGUACAAGGUGCAAAGAUGCCCACGCUGUACUGAGUACUCCACUUCGGUUGUAUCGAAGCCCAGUGAAGAAGCUCCAAAAUAUAGCACCAGUUUUAACCCCAACAAUGGAUCGUGUCCGGGUGGAUGGUGCCAACGGUUUGCGAUUUACUGCUUUCCGUCCGAAAGGUUGCAUAUCCCAUGGAGUCAAUUCUCCCUACAAUAACUCAUACGUCGCCUCUGCGUCGGAAUCGAUUAAUCGACUGCCAAAAACUGGCAUUAAUCCAAACAAAGCCGUAUUUACGAUUGAUGCGAAAACGUCACAGAUAUUGAUUGUCAACCGAAAUGCCUGCGACUUGCUAAGGUAUAGCUCGAAAGAGCUGUGUGAGAUGCAAUUCGCCAGUCUUUUGCCAAACAAGAACAAAAUGCAUGUAUCGGCGUUGGCCGAAGGUCAGCUGAACAGCGAAGAUGGAACCGUGGUCAUACUUAGCGGAAAGGUUGUGGAACUAUGCACAAAAACUGGCGAACAUGUAGCCGUUUCGCUGUGGGUCAGACAAAUCGAUAACGAAUCACGCUGUUUAGCUGUGGCGGAGCCAGUGGAACGGCGGGUCGCACAACUGUUAGUUGAUAAAAGUGGCUACGUAAUUUCCGGCGACUAUGAAGCUCUCCUGUUGUUUCAACUUGAUUCUCUAGAAAAAUUUAGUGGGAUGGAUGUUUCACUGCUGAUACCGGCAAUUCAAUUGCCGGAUGCCGACAGCAGUGUGAUUGCGAAACACAUCCGUAAACAGAAAGCAACGGGAAAAACGGCCGAAGGCGUUGCCUUUCCGCUGUGCCUAAUGAUUGCUCAUCACGAUCCUUCCGUAGCGUCGGAUACUACCGAUAGCGGGCUAUCGAAUCCGAACCAGCUGUACACGAUCACUAUUUGGGUAUUUACGAACCUGUCCGGAUUGAUUGUGAUUGAUGAAAAUUCCGUUAUCGAAUCGUGCAACCAUCAUUUCUCCAUGCUGAUGUUUGGCUACUCGCAGAAUAAAAUUAUCGGCGAACAUAUAAGCAAACUGUUGCCGAAUUUCGGGCAAGACUGCGACUAUCUGGGAUUCAUGAAUCGUAGUCGGAAUGCGACGCUUUCCUCACUGGAUAAUGACGAGUCAGAAACGGAGACAGAUCAUGUCGAUUUUGAAAAUAAGGAUGAAUUUAUACAUAAUGCUAUUAACAGUAUGAAAAGUGCUUCGGAAGAAAUCAGUAGUCCAGUUGUUGAAUCUAGAAAGGUUUGCUUAGACUUUACAGUAACGUCCACCAGUAGCAAUCGAUCGGACAAUACUACAAGUGAUGUUUCCAUUCCAUUAGUAAAUGAAUCACAACAUCAGAAACAUUCCGUGCCUAAUGAUGCAGGCAGCUCAAAUUUAAAAGAAUCAAAAGAACCUAUUGGCCUAUUCAGUUCGAUCGUUGUGAGCUCUGUUCCGGAGAAUCUAUAUCUCGAAAGUGAUAGUGAAAAUGAUCGAAACUUUGCUAAUUCGGCUAAAUGUAACGUUUCAAAAUCAUCGACUGUUGCGCCAAUAGUGCCGGUGGUAGCCAGCACAAAAGAAACACUGAUAAGGCCACCUGCACUUGAGGAUUGCUCCAUUUUGAUGGACUGUGAGUUGCUUACUCCAGUUAACGACACGUCUAGGAGCUUGAAUAUGUUAAGCAGCGGGGGUGAAAUUGAGAGAGCUAAUUUCUCUAGUAAUAGUCUCUCGAAAGAUCAGCUCUACACCACGGAGGACAUCAACGCAGGUCUGCUGAAAAGCUCCUCAAGCCGAGACUACUCUGCAUCGCUUAGCGCCCCUCCAACUGCUACUACUCCGCGCUACGUGAAACCUUAUGAGUUAUCGAAAGCCAUGAUAACUUCUACACCUGAUCAGAACAAACGCCACUCAGUUCCGGUCGUCAUACCCAGUGCUGUACAAACAAUCCAUCGCAAAUCAACCUACUCAGAUGGAAAAUAUCGCGGUGAAGCGAUUCAUUACGAUGGAAAUGUAAUCGACAUUCUGUACACUAUCUCCAAUCAUAUGCUGCCAUGCGGGAGGAAAGUUUACUGCAUCUGGGUGAGCCGUGAUCCGGAUUCAUCGUACAAUCUGCUCGAGGACGAGGAAGAUAAACAUCAAAACCUAACGCUUACCUUCAAUAGUAUCACCAGCACGAUCGAUAACUCACUCGGACAGGCAAUAAAGAACACGGCAGCCGCCGCCCAGCAAUCCACUGACCGUCCUAAUUCGGCGUCUCGAAUGUCCCAAUGCGAUGAGGACUUAACGCAUGGUGAAUACAGCAAGUAUUACACCCUAGUCAAACACAUCGGCAAAGGCGCCUACGGCUAUGUGAAGCUGAGCUACCGCAACUCGGAUAGACUUCUAGUCAUAUCGAAAUUCAUUCUGAAGGAAAAAUUAGUUCCCCAGUUUAUGAUAUCCACAGAGGAGAAGCGAGACAUUCCGAUGGAAGUGUACCUGUUGAUGCACGUGAAGCAUCCGAACAUUGUCAAUAUGUUUGACUGGUUCGAGAAUGACAAAUUCUUUCAAGUGGUGAUGGAAAUCCAUGGCUCCGGGAUGGAUCUGUUCGAGUUCAUCGACCGACGGCCGGUGAUCACUGAGAAGCUAGCGUGUUUUAUCUUUCGUCAGAUUGCAAACGCGGUUGCCUUUCUACAUUCGCUUAACAUUCUCCAUCGAGACAUAAAGGAUGAAAAUGUGAUAAUCGACCACAACUUCCAUAUCAAGCUAAUCGAUUUUGGAUCAGCCACUUUUAUGCAAGAAGGUCAGCUGUUUUCCACAUUCUACGGCACAACGGAAUACUGCAGUCCGGAGGUACUUGCCGGUAAUCGCUAUUCGGGUCCCGAGUUGGAGAUGUGGGCCCUUGGUGUGACGUUGUAUGUGUUGAUGUUCUUUGAGAAUCCAUUCGUGGAUGUCGAAGAGAUUCUACAGUCGGAGUUAAUUAUUCCCCAUGAGAUAAGUGAGGAAUUGGAAUACGUUCUGCUUUCGUUGUUGGAUAAAAAUCCUAAAACACGAAUUACCAUCAAGGACCUGCUCGAGGCUGAAUGGAUGACACAAGAAAUCAACUCUAGUCAAUUCAAUUUCGCCAAGAUUGUUCCAUGCGAACCGUACGAGACCAAUCCGGAGAAGUACUACGUGGAUCCAAACGUCUGUUCCAGUCAGACCGGUCUGUCGACGUCACCGCACAGUCUCUCGCUGGUGGACGACGUAGACGGAGAGGAUGACGACGACGAGCAUGCACACAUGGAUGAUUCAUUCAUUAUCGAUCCAGACGAAGCGUUAGACGAUGAUAUCUGUCCGCUGUCGCAUGACGAUGAUAUGCCACACGAUAGAACUGGGGAACAACUACUAUCAACGGGGCUUACGAGUCUUUCUCUGAAAGAGCCAGACGGAACUUGUGUCAGUCUUGUGGAUACGACUCAUGCUACGCAUGCCUCAGAAACACUAGAUAAUUGUGACACUGAAAGCGAAAUUAUACUGGUAGUACUGGAGGACGACGGUGAUGAUGAUGAGCAUGUUAAAAGCGGUCGUUCAACAGUCGAGCAUGAUCAUGUUUCAUCAAGUAGACGAACAGACAGUUCAUACAGUUCGCCGAGUAAAAGUGAUCGCCACCGGCGCCAGCAUCAGCGGAGGGAGCGCAGCGCUUGGGAAGCAUGUGAUUCUUCGUUCAAUUCUGUCAGUGAACGACCGAUAGAAAUCAGUCGGAUCGAACUUGAUGCAAGUGACGAAGCCGGUUAUUCAAACGACAGCUUCGAAGAGGAUGAGGACUGCGAAAUUGAUAUUGGAUUUGAACCUGCGAGUGGACAUGAUGAUUCGAACGUAAGUUGAAAUAUUUAUGUUAUCAAAUCUUGCUCGAUAAUCUGCAAUGGCCUUUCAAUUACAUUUAACGGGAAAAGGUUCAUUUCAUGUAGGCAAAUACGAAUAGGGGGGCAAUGAUCGAAUAAAACCAAAAAUAUAGCGAACAUUUGAUACUCACUUACUGAGGCGCUCACAUUCAAAGGAGUAAAAUAAAAUAAAUCAUCGCACGCAGACAUAUGCUAGACUUCUAAUUUAGCAAUAGAGAAAACAUUAUCAAUUUGUAUAGGACAAUGAUAGGAUGGUGCAAGCUUAUAUCGUAGCAUAGUAGCUGAUCUGAGUAGCAUAACCAAGUGGUAAAAAUUGUAGUUUCCGUAAUAGUAGUAGCCAAACAAAAGAACACGCAGAAAACUAACAGAGCACAGAGAAUUAUUAUGUACGGGAUUAUAUAUUAUAUAUCAUUGUUGAGCAUAUUAUUGAUUUUAAGUACUAGAUUAUAAACAAGCAAUGAUGAUAGAGCAGAGAAUCUCGAGCCGAAUGAACGCAAGCACUUAGUA